UAUAUAUAUAUUUUCAAAAUGGUUUCCAUUUGAAGUUAAUUGUGUUGAGUUCAGAUUGAGGUCUGCAUGCUUUCUACUCUUUAUCAUAUAUUGGAAAUACUCUUUGGUAGUCAGUAGGUAACUUUAUUCAUUUUUAUUUAUUUAUUUAUUUAUUUUUGAGACAGUCUCGCUCUUUCACCCAGGCUGGAGGGCAGUGGCGUGAUCUCAGCUCACUGCAACCUCUGUCUCCCGGGUUCAAGUGAUUCUCCUGCCUCAGCCUUCCAACUAGCUGGGAUUACAGGUGUGUGCCACCACGCCUGGCUAAUUUUUUGUAUUUUUAGUAGAGACAGGAUUUCACCAUGUUGGCCAGGCUGGUCUUGACCUCCUGACCUCAAGUGAUCCACCUGUCUCGGCCUCCCAAAUUUCUGGGAUUACAGGCGUGAGCCACCGCGCCCGGCCCUUAUUUAUUUUUUUUUGAGAUGGAGGUACUCUGACGCCCAGGCUGGAGUGCACUCGUGUGACCUUGGCUCACUGCCACCUCCACCUCCCAGGUUCAAGUGAUUCUCCUGCCUCAGCCUCCCAAGUAGCUGGGAUUACAGGCACCUGCCACCACACCUGGCUAAUUUUCGUAUUUUUAGUAGAGAUAGGGUUUCAUUAUACUGGCCAGGCUGGUCUCGAACUCCUGAUCUCAAGUGAUCCCUCCCAAAGUGCUGGGAUUACAGGCGUGAGCCACUACGCCGGCCAUCAGUAAGAAUUUUAGAUGGUAUGAAUGUGUAUUUGGUAAAGAUAUCAAUGACGCUUUUUUUUUUUAACGUUAACAUAAGAACCUAUUAACUAAUUUGGUUUUUUUUUUUUUUUUUUGGAGACAGAGUCUCGCUCUGUCGCCCAGGCUGGAGUGCAGUGGUGCAAUCUCGGCUCACUGCAAGCUCCGCCUCCCGGGUUCAUGCCAUUCUCCUGCCUCAGCCUCCCAAGUAGUUGGGAUUACAGGCAGCCGCCACCACGCCUGGCAAAUUUUUUGUAUUUUUAGUAGAGAUGGGGUUUCACCACGGUAGCCAGGAUGGUCUUGAUCUCCUGACCUCAUGAUCCACCCGCCUCAGCCUCCCAAAGUGCUGGGAUUACAGGCGUGAGCCACCACGCUCGGCCAACUUAUUUGUUACUAGUCAGUUUUCUUCCCUUAUGUCAUCUCUUAAAAUAGUGACCUGUGAACUACUAAGCAGAUGUCCCCCUCAAGUCCCUUUUGUCAGUUCUAUUUUCUGUAAAUGUGGAAAGAUGGGCUGGAUUGACUCAAAACCUUAUUCCAGCAGAGCUUAUGUGUUCAUGAAAAAAUUUGCUGAGAGAGCUCAUCUCUAUAGCUGACAGUCUUUCACUGUUUUCAACACCAAUAGCCAUGUUUUCACAGUUCUGCAUUUCAUUAGUAUGUUGUGUUUUUCUGGAAAAGAGGAAUUAAAUGUUUGGGAUCAAUGUGAUAAAGCCAUGAAAGGGAAGUUUCUUUUGCCCAGGUAUGUGAAAGAAGAUCCUGGAAUUUUCCAGGGGAGGCGUGAGAAAGUCUAAUUCAACUUGGAUGACUUAGUGAAACAUCUCCCCUUCUAGCCCUCAGUAAAUCCACCUGCAACGUGAAGGUGAGGGACUCAGUCAAUAUACCUCAGUCUGGGCAAUACUGACCCCCUUAAUGUUUGGCAGAAUUGGGUGUACAUCUGUGUUUUGCAGUUCUUCUAGGAAUUGGGGAGUGCCCACUGCAAUUAAAAAUUUAAAUGGGACUCAGUCCUUUAAAAUUUAAAACAAAACAAAACCAAAACCACAAGGAUGGAAGCCAGGGUGUAGACUCAGAGGCAGAGAGACCAUCUUCAGAGGCCUUUCUCUGCAUUAGAGUUAUGGCUAAAUCUAAAGCAGUCAUGUCAGUCCCUGGCAGGGAACCCUCCACCGGCUUCCCGUGUUCCCCAGGACAAAAGCCCAACUCCUCACUGUGGCUCCACAGACCUGCAUCCAGGGCCCCUGCCAGUGUCCAGCCUCCUCCUGGGAGCUUGCCCUCAUCUCAUGACUCCCUCUGCCCUAGUCACAUUUGUUUUUCUCUUUUCCCAAACAUCAAAACCUUUCCUGUCUCAGUCUUUGUCCCUCCUCUUACCCUAUGUCCCCAAAUCAUCACAGCUCUGUCCCUUUCUUCUCCUUCAGGUCUAGCCUCAGAGCUGUCUCCCACCCUCUUGCACCCCCAUCUGAAAUUCUCUCUGCCUGUCAGUCUCUACCACGUUACUCAGGUUUCACUGUCUCCGCAUCCAUCACCACAUCGGACACUCUUCUGCGUGGAUUAUUUUGAGUAUUUUGUGUCUCCCUCCGUUGGAGGACACAGUCUCCAUCUUGGCCACGGGACGACUGCAGCACCUGCUCCGGGGCUGUGGUUCAGAUGCUGGGGCUGGGGUCGGGCUGAAGAGUCCUCAGGGAAGACCAAAAGGACAGGGCUGGUAGUGAGGAUGGUCUCAUAUUCUGGAAAUUUCAUCCGUAAUUGGUCUAAACUUCCUGUGGCUAUUUAUUCCAGUCUACGUAAGAGCAGAAGGCCUCACUGAGGCCUGAAAAGCCCCGCAGACCCUGUGUCCUCAGCCAGUGCCGAGGCGUCCCCACCGCCUUACUCCAGCUCCCGGGUCUUCCACGCUCUACACAUCAGCAGGGCCCAGUGGCCAUCCUGGGCAGGGGCUUUGCCUUCCGGCAGGUGAUGCGCUCACAGUCAGGGGUCCUGGAUUCCCUUCAGGAAGGGUGGCGAGAAGUUCAGAAGCUAAACGGGCCAUGAAGGAGGCACUCCCUAAACAGUGGGGGAAUUUUGCAGGGGACUGUGAGUGGAGAGACAAGGGGACAAUGGCAGCCUCCCUCAUGAGAUCUGGGGCCUCUCUUCUUCUUGGACAUCCUCCGUCAGCUCAGUCCGGCCAAUCUUCAACUGCCUUUAAACUGGACUCCAUGGUGUCCCCAAAUUGCGGGCAAUUCCUUCCAGCAUGGCCAACUUCUAGAAUCUAGACUUGAGGCCCACUGUCCUGCAGAUAGCAGUUUGUGUCCAUUCCUGCCGCAUCGCUUGUGUCCAGAGGCCUUUCAAUCCAGUGUGCUCCUCAGGCUGGAAGAGAAGUAGAAAAAUGGGGACAGGUGAAGAAGUCCUUAGAGGUGUCGAGUGAGGCGUGGAAGCAAUGCUGAGCCUCUAGAGGAGCUGGAUGAAUGCUGCAUGCACCUGGCCCACAGGUGACUGUGGGCUCACGGGGUGUGUGGCACACUUGGAAAGAAGUCUCAGGUCUGGCUGUAGCACCUGGAAGUGGGUUUUGGGGUGGUUGUGGGGCUGCAGGAUCAUUUUGUAAUGCCCUGAUGUCUCAGCUCAGGUUACCUGGGAAACAGAUGCUGACACAGAGAUUUGCAUGCAGGAAUUUAAUUCGGAAACUCAUCAUCACAGUGAAGAGGACUGAAGGCAGUGGAAUCAGGCAGAGAAAAACAUCCCGAAGUGUACUUAGAACCAAGACCUAAGCUGACCCCAUAGGGAGCUUCAGCAGCAGGAGGAUGGGUGCCUUGGCCUGAGGGUGUGGAUCCCAGAGCUGCUCCACAGCAUCCACUCCACGGGGUGAUUUCUGUGGAGGCUUUGGGAAGUGCAAAAACCAUCCUGAAACCCAUAGAGGAAAGAUAGGAAGAAUCUCAGAGAUUAUUUUCUGGGUUGCCUUUGGCAUUCGGGGUAUUUUCAGUUGCAGAUCAAUAAGCUUUCAGUUGUGUUUUGGAAGAUGAAAUGAUCAUAUGGAGUGUUUCCUUUCCUGAUGUUGGGGUCUAAUUGCAUCAUUAGAGACAUCUCUGUUUUAUUGGAUUCCACGGGAGAUGAGUGAAUAAACGACUGAACAUUGUGCAUAAACAGACAAUUUAUAUAUUCAUAAGAUUAAGACAUUUUGUAUUCCUCAUCCGUUAUGCAAAGCAAAGACUAGACACUCUGGAGUCAUCUCUCAUGAGAACAAGCCUGCAGACAGCUGGGAAGCACACCAGCCACCAACUGGGAGUAUUAAAAAGAGCAAUCCAGUCUCCAAAUCAAGGAGAGGGUUCAAAUCAUAGAAAAGCUGCAGAGCCACCGGGUCUCAGAGUUUCCCGCGGAAACGCUGGGACUCGCUACCAAUCCCAUGAGCGCACCUGGGGAUUUUAACGUCUGGUGGGAUGGUGGAUUCCGAGUGUGGUUGGACAGGGCUGGAGUGCCCUGAAAGGCCUGAAUGCUCUCCUGCCGAAACGUUCCUGGAUCCGAACACUGCCCCCUGACGACCUAGAGAGAUCCCAGCUCCCAGCCCACUGAGUGGCUUCAGCCUCGCUGGCACCUCCCAACUCCUGGCCUCUCUGCACGAGGCGCCUGCCCCGGGCCCCGCCUACAGGGGACCCAGCUCUUCUUGCAGCCACUGGAAGCUGAUCACCUGGAGUGAAGACCUUACACGAAGAAGUCUGGAAGAAGAGGAAGAGGAAAGAAAAGGAGUCAGGGAUGGCCCUUACUCAGGUACGGUUGACAUUUAGGGAUGUGGCCAUAGAAUUCUCUCAGGAGGAGUGGAAAUGCCUGGGCCCUGCUCAGAGGAUCUUAUACAGGGACGUGAUGUUGGAGAACUACUGGAACCUUGUUUCUCUGGGACUGUGUCAUUUUGAUAUGAAUAUUAUCUCCAUGUUGGAGGAAGGGAAAGAGCCCUGGACUGUGAAGAGCUGUGUGAAAAUAGCAAGAAAACCAAGAAUGCAGGAAUGUGUCAAAGGCGUGGUCACAGAUAUCCCUCCUAAAUGUACAAUCAAGGAUUUGCUACCAAAAGAGAAGAGCAGUACAGAAGCAGUAUUCCACACAGUGGUGUUGGAAAGACACGAAAGCCCUGACAUUGAAGACUUUUCCUUCAAGGAACCCCAGAAAAAUGUGCAUGAUUUUGAGUGUCAAUGGAGAGAUGACACAGGAAAUUACAAGGGAGUGCUUAUGGCCCAGAAAGAAGGUAAAAGAGAUCAACACGACAGAAGAGACAUAGAAAACAAGGUUAUGAACAAUCAGCUUGGAGUAAGCUUUCAUUCGCAUCUGCCUGAACUGCAGCUAUUUCAAGGUGAGGGGAAAAUGUAUGAAUGUAAUCAAGUUGAGAAGUCUACCAACAAUGGUUCCUCAGUGUCACCACUUCAACAAAUUCCUUCUAGUGUCCAAACCCACAGGUCUAAAAAAUAUCAUGAACUUAACCAUUUUUCAUUACUCACACAAAGACGAAAAGCAAACAGUUGUGGAAAACCUUAUAAAUGUAAUGAAUGUGGCAAGGCGUUCACUCAGAAUUCGAACCUUACAAGUCAUAGGAGAAUUCAUAGUGGAGAGAAGCCUUACAAAUGCAGUGAGUGUGGCAAAACCUUUACUGUUCGUUCAAAUCUAACUAUUCAUCAGGUCAUCCAUACUGGAGAAAAACCUUACAAAUGUCAUGAGUGUGGCAAGGUCUUCAGGCACAAUUCAUACCUUGCAACUCAUCGGCGAAUUCAUACUGGAGAGAAACCUUAUAAGUGUAAUGAGUGUGGAAAAGCCUUUAGAGGACAUUCAAACCUAACUACCCAUCAGUUAAUUCAUACUGGAGAAAAACCGUUCAAAUGUAAUGAAUGUGGUAAGCUCUUCACUCAAAAUUCACACCUUAUAAGUCAUUGGAGAAUUCACACUGGAGAGAAACCUUACAAGUGCAAUGAGUGCGGCAAAGCCUUUAGUGUUCGUUCAAGCCUAGCAAUCCAUCAGACAAUCCACACUGGAGAAAAACCUUACAAAUGUAAUGAAUGUGGCAAAGUCUUUAGGUACAAUUCAUACCUCGGAAGGCAUCGGAGAGUUCAUACUGGUGAGAAACCUUACAAGUGUAAUGAAUGUGGCAAAGCCUUCAGUAUGCAUUCAAACCUAGCUACCCAUCAGGUCAUCCAUACUGGAACAAAACCUUUCAAAUGCAAUGAAUGCAGCAAGGUUUUCACUCAAAAUUCACAACUUGCAAAUCAUCGAAGAAUUCAUACUGGAGAGAAACCUUACAAGUGUAAUGAGUGUGGGAAAGCCUUCAGUGUUCGUUCAAGUCUGACUACCCAUCAGGCAAUCCAUUCUGGAGAGAAACCUUACAAAUGUAUUGAAUGUGGCAAGAGCUUCACUCAAAAAUCACACCUUAGAAGUCAUCGGGGAAUUCAUUCUGGAGAGAAACCUUACAAGUGUAAUGAAUGUGGUAAAGUCUUCGCUCAAACGUCACAACUUGCAAGGCAUUGGAGAGUUCAUACUGGAGAAAAACCUUACAAGUGUAAUGACUGUGGCAGAGCCUUUAGUGAUCGUUCAAGCCUAACUUUUCAUCAGGCAAUACAUACUGGAGAGAAACCUUACAAAUGUCAUGAAUGCGGCAAGGUUUUUAGGCACAAUUCAUACCUUGCAACUCAUCGGCGAAUUCAUACUGGAGAGAAACCUUACAAGUGUAAUGAAUGUGGGAAAGCCUUUAGUAUGCAUUCAAACCUAACUACCCAUAAGGUCAUCCAUACUGGAGAGAAGCCUUACAAAUGUAAUCAAUGUGGCAAGGUCUUCACUCAGAACUCACACCUUGCAAAUCAUCAAAGGACUCACACCGGAGAGAAACCUUACCGAUGCAAUGAGUGUGGGAAAGCCUUCAGUGUUCGUUCAAGCCUAACCACCCAUCAGGCAAUCCAUACUGGGAAAAAACCUUACAAAUGUAAUGAAUGUGGCAAGGUCUUUACUCAAAAUGCACACCUGGCAAAUCACCGAAGAAUUCAUACUGGGGAGAAACCUUACAGGUGUACAGAGUGUGGGAAAGCCUUUAGGGUAAGAUCAAGUCUAACUACCCAUAUGGCAAUCCACACUGGAGAAAAGCGUUACAAAUGUAAUGAGUGUGGCAAGGUCUUCAGGCAGAGUUCAAAUCUUGCAAGUCAUCACAGAAUGCAUACCGGAGAGAAACCUUACAAAUGAGUGUGGUGAGGUCAUUAGGUACAAUUCACUCCUUUCACAUCAGUUAAUUCAUUCUUGACAGAAUCCUUACAAAUGCAGUGACAGUGGCCAAUCCCUCAUGAGUUGAAGAAUUAAUAGAUAUGAGAGGCCAUAAGCAAGAGACAUCAUGUAAACAUAUGUGGCAGAGGGUCUAUCCAGGCCUCGCAGGUUACUAGGCAUCAAGAUUUAUAUCUUUGAUGAAACGAAACAAAUGUAAUAUGCAUCCUGAGGCCAUUACCCAGUGACUGAUGGUAAGUGAGGAUUCCUAUGAGGAAUAACAGUCUCUGGUUUCCCUGUUUGCCUUUGAUAUUAUACACUGUAGAAUACUCACAAGUCCAAAUAUGCUAAAAAUUAUAUAUUUUUAACUCACAUAUGAAAAGGUUGCAGGAUAUUUGUAGGCAGUCAGUUACCUUCACCUUAUGAAAUGUUUCACUGAGUUAUUUAAGGUUUUUUGGAAAGCCUACUAUUGAGUUUCAAUGUGAACUUUGAAAUCUUAUUGUGCAUCCUUACACACCUUCCAUGGUGCUUUUUUGGAAAGUUCAUUGGGAUGGAAGGAUCAUUGAUUGGGUGAAGAUCAUUGAUUAGGUGAAGGAUUAUUUCUAUCCAAUUUGUGAAGAAGGAGGACUUUGCUUUUAAAAUUAAGUAUCAUCUGAAUUAGCAUUUGGGAGUGGCGAAAAACAAUGUAAAACUUUGAUGUCACUCACCAUUCUGAUAAUGUUUAGGGUGCCUUUCUCCUACCAGGAGAGUACUGUGGCUUAGAGGAAAGAAAUGGUCUAUCAACUGAACAUGAAAAGGAGCAGGCCAAGACCUUAGGACAUUGGGAUUUUUGUGGGAGGAGAGUAAUAGGUAAUUAGACACUGAUUGUGUGGUAGAAAUACUGCAGGGGAAAAGGUCGCCCUCUUAUCCAUCAAAGAGCAAUACCUGUUGUUUAGCAAAGAGUGAUGAAAAAUUGAUCUUGUUUUGAAAUUGAAGAGAGAGGCCAGGCACGGUGGCUCACACCUGUAAUCCCAGUACUUUGGGAGGCUGAGGCAGGUGGAUCACCUGAGGUCGGGAGUUCGAGACCAGCCUGACCAACAUGGAGAAACUCCAUCUGUACUAAAAAUAGAAAAUUAGCCGGGCAUGGUGGCAGGUGCCUGUAAUCCCAGCUACUUGGGAGGCUGAGGCAGGAGAGUCGCUUGAACCCAGGAGGCGGAGGUUGUGGUGAGCCAAGAUCAUGCCACUGCACUCCAGCCUAGGCAACAAGAACAAAACUCCAUCUAAAGAAGAAAAAGAAAGAAACUGAAGAGAGAGUAGUUGUCAGAGUGAAGAGUUUAAUCAACAGAAGUAGAGUAACAUAUUCUUUAGUAGAACUCACAUUAUCUGCUUGAAGCACAUUUUGCUAAUGUUUUAUUCAGAAUGUAUCAUAGAUAUAAUGUUUUAACUAAUAAAAUAGAAUGGUUUUUCUCUA